AGCGCAGUGACCCCCUGGAGCUGGUGGUGACAGGAUCCUACAGCAAACCCAGCCUCUCAGCCCUGCCCAGCCCUGUGGUGACCUCAGGAGGGAAAGUGACCCUCCAGUGUGGCUCAUGGCAGGGAUUUGACAGGUUCAUUCUGACUAAGGAAGGAGAUCACAGGUUCUCGUCGGCCCUGGACUUACAGCCACAGCCCAGUGGUUGGUCCCAGGCUCUGUUCCCUGUGGGCCCCAUGACCCCCAGUCGCAUGUGGUGGUUCAGAUGCUAUGGCUGUUACAGGAACAUCCCCAAAGUGUGGUCACUCCCCAGUGAUGCCCUGGAGCUCCUGGUUCCAGGUGAUUCUGGGAAGCCCUCCCUCCUGACCCAGCAGGGCCUCAUCGUGGCCUCUGGACAGAGCCUGACCCUCCAGUGUCGCUCUGAUGUCGGCUAUGACAGAUUCGCUCUGCACAAGGACGGGGGACGGGAACUCCCCCAGAGCCUCGUCCUGCGGCCCCAGGCUGGGCUCUCUCAGGCCCACUUCCCCCUGGACACCGUGAGCAGCUCCCACGGGGGCCGGUACAGAUGCUACGGUGGAUACAACCUCUCCUCUGAGUGGUCGGCCCCCAGUGACCCCCUGGACAUCCUGGUGGCAGGACACCUGCCAUAUGCACCCUCCCUCUCGGUGCAGCCAGGCCUCAGGGUGGCCUCAGGAGAGAAUGUGACCCUGCUGUGUCAGUCACAGAGCUCUAGGGACAUGUUCCUUCUGUCCAGGGAGGGGGCAGUGGAUCCUCCCUUGCGUCUGAGAUCAGAGCACGGAGCUCAGCAGUUCCAGGCGGAGUUCUUCUUGAGUCCUGUGACCUCAGCCCACGGGGGCACCUACAGGUGCUACAGCUCACACAGCACCUCCCCCUUCCUGCUGUCACUCCCCAGUGAGUCCCUGGAGCUCCUGGUCUCAGGAGGCUCUGAGGAUCAGUCUCUCCUACCCACAGGGUCAGGCACGGAGAUGG